UCACUGAGAGACCAUUUGAUUAUAUCAGCGUACACAUUAGAAGAAUUCGCUUGCAUUGAUACUGUUCUGGUAAGGGCGGAUCUCUUAGCUACUGUCGCAUAAUUUUAACCUGCCCGGCUACGUGGGCCGGGUAAGAUUUACCUACUUUAAUAAAAAAGAGGACAUGAACGAAAGACUGUGCGGAAACGUAAAAGUGAAUUUAAACGAGGUUCACACGUAACGUUUAAAAAUUGAAUAUAAAAAGGCCAAUGAAUAAAACUAUAAAUAGCAUAUAGAUAAAAUAUUGGAGUCGGAUUUUCUUUCGCUAAUGUUCCUUCCGUUUUGCAAGUGGAAAAAAUGAGGAAAAGGACAGGCUGCACGGAUGUAAGAGCCUUGCGGUUCUGAAAAAUUCAUGAAGAAAAUUUGAUCGAAUAUUGAGAAUGCGGCCGAAACUUGUACCAUGCAUGAGCCAAUAUUAGAAACUCAAAGAUUACAGACGCAGUAUCAAGUGAAUUCUUCCAAUAUUUCGUGUUUCCUGCCAGCAGAGAUCUCUCAGGACGAGGCAAAAAUCUCUCAUUUUUGCCUCGUCCUGAGAGACCUCUGCUAGCAGGGAAUGUUUCGUGCAGACUACGUUGAAAUAAUCCUGGAAGGUGCACUCCUAAACUAAAAAUGGACUUAGCGAACUGCAAGAAGUAACUUAUCAAUUCCUAAUAAGGUGAUGUUACACAAGAUGACUCGCAACGGCGAUUUUUAGCGCAACACAGCGUUUCAACAUUGUUGCGACAUAGAUUCAAAUGAUUACAGCAUUGUUCCAACAUUGCAACGCUGCGUUGCGCUAAAAUCAUCGUUGCAAAUCGUCCCGUGUAACAUCACCUUUAGGCCGCCUUAAGACUUCAAAAAACAAUAAUCAAGUUUUGUGAAGAAUUAAUGUCCCAGACUAAUAUUGUCAAACCCAAAGAAUUCACGUUUUCGUCCACCUCCAUUCUUUCCAGUUCCUACCUAAGCCAAAAGACACAUAUUCAUCAUUUUUAGCCAGACAUGAGGUCACGGAUUUUCAGCAAGACUCUUAUAGUAAAGUACUCGGGGGAAAGGUAAUAUUAGCACAAAAAUACACUGAGACAAAUGCAUAAAUCCAGUCAAAUGAAAUAUCAAACAAAUUAGCCCCUUUAAAAAACCAGGAUAAAUAGAUAUCCCUGAAUAAACAAAUAAAAUAUUUUGUUUUUCAAAAAAGACUUGCCAAUUUGUAAUUUUUGAUAAAGUCUCCGUUGGCCACGCGGGCACAGUCAUGAAUCAGGCACACACCUAACAGGAUAGCGAGUUCCCACAUACUCGAUCAUGAAUUCCCUAAGACGCCCAUGGAAAAAUGCCAUUUUUUCAAAUGGGAUAUAGCAACUUUGAGACCACUAGUAAUCAUAUAACAUUUGAACGAUAAUUUCUCAGUGUCGUAUGCUAUGAUCACACCGGCCGACGUUACAACACAUAUCGUCUUAUGUAGCAGGGUGGUAAAAAGAUUUUGUGCCAUUUCUUCAAUAGUGUUUCUUUCAAUGAUAUUUUAAUUUUGGAGUGAAAAUUUCCAAAAAUUUAAUCAAAUAUAAAGCUUGCACUGAAGUUGUUUGCCAUGUGACAAAAUCAGAAGGGUUAUACAAACGAAAACUGGUACCAUAAUUACUGCGCUUUUCACAAACAUGCGAACUCUAAAGUUCACAAGCCGCCUUCCCAAUUGUGUUUUUCGCUGCCGUCAAUCAUAAUUACGAUCACAAGCAACGAACCUGGAAACACAGAAACACACAAAACGGAUCGAAAUCCACGAAUCACAAAUCACAAACCUUGACCUUUUGAACCCCCUAAUAUAAAGUUUUGUUUCCUAAGAGGUCCGUUACAGCGGUGAUCAUAUUGGCGUGAACACCUAAAAUAUGUCUGGAAUGUUUAUUGUGAUGUAACCAAUUACAGACGAGAUCAUAAAGGGGCGGUGUUAUGAAGUAUCUUGCAAAACCAAUAGAAUUUUUUUUAUUUAGUGCAUCAAUGACGGAAAUUCCUCCAAAAGUGGCUUGGUUUUUGGCAUUCUUAUCAUGACCAUACAUAAGAACAGUUUCAAGAAGAGACAGGAGGGAAGUACGCUCAAUUAUAACUUUAAGAAAGGAAGUGAAGACGUUUUCAGACAAUUAAAAAUCGCUUUAAGACUAUCACUGAUCGCAGUUUUCUCUGGCCUUGCAGAAUGCCUUUCUCUUGUUUUUCAGUGGCUAUUUUGUUCCGCCACCAGAACUCUAGCCCACCAUGUUAAAUAUAUGUGAGAAAAAUGUUCUUGUUGAAAGCUUUGUAUGUUUAAGAGCAUGAUAUUCUGCGGAUAAUAAUCCCUCCUAAGUUGUUUUUAGCUCAAGACCAGAAAAUCAAAAAUAUUUUUAGAACCAUUGGCCUAUUAACAAACGAAUUAGUCUAACCAUGAAGCAAGUUUUAUCCGUGAAUUUCUCCGGGGCACCCAACGAGAAUAGUUCAAAACCACUUAAACAUGGCAUUAUUAAACGUAUUUUAGUAUUUAAACGGUAGAUAUAGGCUUAUUUUUAUCCCCUAAAUAUUUUUCAUCUGUUCGGAUUUCCUAGCUAGCUGAAAGUCUAGCGAUCCGAAAAUUAUAGGGAUCAAAACCUACCUUUUCGAAAAUUUCAGCCAGAAAAAAGGCUCUGGAAAAUUUUAGGUGACCUUUCUGGGUAAAAAUCCGUUAAAAAUGGGCAAUUGUACCAUAUUUUAGAUGUUCGAAAAUCCUAGGAGAGGCAGGCGAGCAAAAAAUUUUACGACAAAUGUUUCCAAAAUUCUAGAUCUCAAAUCGUCUUCCGAACAGAUAUUUUCCGAAAAUUGACGUUGGGUGCCCCUGAAUUCUGUCUGUAAAGUCUUGAGUUUUCAUUUUUUGAAAUCUUGAUUAGUUUGGACCUUUGAUCGAUGUUUUGGUUUCCUUUACAGAAAAUGAUGCUCUCCGUAAGUGCUCGCUUACAGGAUGAGGCAGUUACUUUCUAUCGCGAGAAAAAAACCACAAAAGUCUCUUUCGGGAAGAGUUUCAGAGAUAUCUACUUUCUGGCAAAGAAUUUAUUUCAUGCAGUUUCUAAGUUGUGAUGUGUGUAUUUUACGAUCACAAGCAACGAACCUGGAAACACAGAAACACACAAAACGGAUCGAAAUCCACGAAUCACAAAUCACAAACCUUGACCUUUUGAACCCCCUAAUAUAAAGUUUUGUUUCCUAAGAGGUCCGUUAAGAUGAUUGACGGCAGCAAAAAACGCAAUCGUCAGUUGGCUUUUGAACUUCAGAAUUCGCAUGUUUGUGAAAAGCGCAGUAAGGCCCAAGCUGAAAAAUGAAACGCCAACAAGGGCAAAAAUGAUGCCCUGUUUAAGGAUGGAGACCCCAAAAACCACCUACCCUAUCGCCGAUCACGAAAGACGUUUCCCGAAACAUCCUUAACCGCGAGGAGCGAGUACAGACG